AUGGUGUAUCCUUUUCGCAGGGCUGGAGAAAAGCUGAAGACUGUUGCGAAGAUGGAUACGUGGGUAAGCGGCCAAUCCGAAGAUCGGACCAUAGCGACGAAACCUUCGACCCGGUGUCAUCUCCUUGAACUGCCCACAGAGCUGCUCCUUGAGAUCAUCUCGCAUCUAUCUGUAAUACCUGAAACAUGCCUGGCUCUGACCUGUAAACGAUUGUUUGCGAUAUCCGGAGCCAUUUUCGGAUCCGUAAGGUUCAGCCACGAUUUUGCACCUCUAUUCCACCAUUACCGAAACGGACACAACUUCGUCACCACACGAUGGCAACUCAUCAAUAUACUAGAGAACAGCAGGUGGUGGGCCUGCUCGAAAUGCUUGAAGCUCCAUUCGCGAGAUGCCUUCUCCUCUCGCGAGCUCAGGCGCAAACCGGAGGACCGAGCUUGUUUGUUGGGUAACUUUGCGGGCAUAGUCGACUUGUGUCCUUGCAAGAAAUUGACAUUUCGGGAUAAGAUGGACCUCGUUGAACUUUUGAAAGUGCGACAGCGGCCAGUUGCCGCCUUACAGUCUCAGUUCGGCGCCAGCAUUCAACAGCGGUUCUGCUGGCAUUCUUGCUCCAAGGACUAUGGCCCUACGCAGCUACACAUUGAGAUCUUCCCAGAGCUGGACGAUCAAGACCAGUUGAGAAUCAAAACCGAAUACAGAUUGACAACGGAAUCCGGGAAGCUAGGAAAGGAAGAAUACAUAACGCCCCGGUUCGGAUGUGCUCAUCGAUCAGUCGACCUGUGGCUUUCCAGUGCUGUCGCUUAUCCGAAGUCAUACGUAGGUGAAUCAGGUGGUCUGACCGCCCUGGAGUUUCUCCGAACCGAAACGGAAAAGGCGCGUAUCAUGAUGAAAGUACCUCGUUUGAUAACAUCUUCGUCCUCAAAUUCGAAAUCUAUCAUCCUGGAUAGCAGAGUGUUGCGAUUCCAUGACAGUUAUCUGCGUUCGGGGGCGAUGAACUACCCACCAUCUCAUAACGGUCAAUAUCCUCCGCAGUAUUUGCAGCAACCACAGCAGCUACUGUAUAGCAAUGCCGACUCAAACGCUUCGCCAUAUGAGUAUGGCAAGCCUGUCGCUUACCCUCAGACCAUAAUUUCGCCGUAUUCGUCCUACGGACAAGCAUAUAACAUAGAGCAGCAUCAACAACAACCACAAUCGCACCACCAACAGCAGCAGCAGCAGCCGCCGCAACAGCAAUAUGUGAAUCCAUCUGACGUGUUCCAGCAACCGCUUAUUCCUCCUGCUUCGUCGUCUCAUCUUGCCCAUGGCUCAACCCAAUAUGGUGCCCAACCCAUGGUUUCUGUUGCAGGCAACAGCAACCGUUCCCCAGCCGUCGCAACCGCCUCAACGUCCGCGCAAUCAAUACAAUCGGCAUAUCAGACAGCCCCAACUCCAAAUCUGGGGAAUAAUGUCUUCAACCAGUACCCUCAGGUUGCUCUUCCAGCGCAUUCGGUUCCAAGUUCGAAUUCAGUAGCUGUCGCUCCUCCCGUGCCAUCUCCGAAACCCACUCCUCUUCCGUCAUCAUCAAAACCUGCGACUCCUGUUCCAUCCUCGAGAGCAGCUCCUCCCGUCCCGUCAGCAUCGAAACCCGCGCCUCCUGUACAGUCUAAGAAACCUCUUCCUCAAAUCCUGGUCCCGGCUCCUUCACCGGACGUCCAACAGAAAAUGCAGCGCCAGGGCUCUAAGAAACAAGUGCAACGACAGAGCGCUCAGCAACCCGUGCAAAAGCCAACCAAGCCCCCUAUAGAUUAUCAAGUCCUCUUGUUGAGCUUGGCAGAUGAGUAUUUAAAGGCAGCUUAUGGUCACGGGACCAUGGUCGCUUCAUCAAGGCGGGAGAUGGAAAUUGAGGAAUAUUACAAGCUUGUUGCAACAGGUCUUGGUUGCCUGGAGGCAGUAUUAAAGAAUUGGAGACUACAGCCGCGAAUGGAAGCUCUUGUAAGGUUGCGAUAUGCGCGCAUCCUGUUUGAGGAGACGGAGAAUGAUCUUGAGGCGGAAACAGCCCUGAGCAAAGGGAAUCGCAUGUUAGAUCUCAAAUAUAGUAUGCAGCAUCUUCUAGCGCGGAUGCUACACAAGACCAACCCGAAAGCCUCAUUGAAGGCUGUCGAUGGUAUGAUACUGGAUGUUGAAGCAUAUCGCCAUUCAGCUUGGGAGUAUGCUUUUCGCUUUCUUCGGGUGUCACUUUCGUUAUCAACAUCGGCACAUCAGGAUUCCGUCUCUGCGCUGCAACAUUUACAUAAGAUCUCGAAUAUGGCUAACCGACAAGGUGACAAAGCUGUUGCAGCCAUUUCGGCCGUAAUUGAAGCACUUGCUCAUUUGCAACAUGGAACGAGCUCCGAUGCAAUCGAACAGGCUCAGCGUGCGGUUGCAGUAGCAAGAAGCCAUCAACUCAACGAUGAGCUCCGUCAUAUACCGCAGCUCUCGACUCUGGUGCAAAUGGUUGAUAUUUGUUGCAGUCUCCUUGAAUACGACAUCAACCAGUCAUCUCAGAAAUUGAAGGUCAUGCAAGAUUUGAUGGACGAAAGAUUAAAUGAUCCGAAUUGGCGCGCUGAUGGCUCUUUCUCAAUUCCCUUGAGCGGAAAAUCAGCUGGACCCUCCUCCAUUGAUACGGGCGAUAUCCUUCAGGUUCAAAAUGGGACGCUCCUAUUGAGUUUCAAUUGGCUUCCCCAGCACGAUCUCUAUGCGCUUUGCUAUUUCCUUAGCUCGAUCACACUCAGCGCAAAGAACUCUUAUGACGGUCGUAAGGCUGAGAAAUUUCUCCAGGAAGGGAUACGUAUGGUUAAAGGGAGCUUCAAAGCACCGCAAGAAAUUGCAGAGUCAAUGGUCAAUGCGAAUAGACGCGUUGAUUGGCGACGGAUCUUGUAUUGCAAUCUUCUUCUGCAUCAAGUUUUUCUUGCCUGUGGCCGUACAGAUUGGGAUCUGGCGAAUCAGACACUAAAGGAGCUGCGCCCCAUUGCAGAGGGACUCGGGGAUCAGCUCCCUGACACCAUUCAGCGCUUGAUGGAGUAUGCAACGGGGGCACUUGCGCAGGCGACUGGGGAUCUGGAGGCUGCUCUUUCCAUCUUCCAGUCCCCUCGUCUCUCACUAUCGUCAAUCACCAGCAAGACAGCACGAAAUGAUCCUCGUCGCGACAUCGCCAUCCUUGCCACCUUAAAUACGAUUCUCAUCCUCCGUGACCCCAAUCAUCCGUCUCACUCCAAUCUUCCCAGCUCUUUGGCCCUUGUUGAGUCAUUCUGUAAGGGUAGCCCCAACAAGUAUAUCCAGGCGGCCUAUUACCUUGUAUGUGCGACGGUGCACACAGAGUCAACCAUUCAGACCAAGCAGUAUCUUCAGCAGGCUCUUCAAUCUGCCACGGCAAUAAGCAACAGUCAAAUUACCUGUAUGACCUUGACGUUCAUGAGCUGGAAGUAUUUCCGCGGCGUGGUUGGGGAGCAAGCUGAAAAAAGCGCUCGGGCAGGCCGGGCAAUGGCAAAGAAGGCCAAUGACCGACUUUGGGUCAGCGUCACUGAUGAAAUGCUGGCAGAGACCUUGGAAAGGCAAGGGAAAAGUGAAGAGGCAGAGGGAGUCCGCGACGAGGGCCACCGCGUGAUGACCGGAUUACCGCCAGCGCUGAAACGGCCUGUGUGA